AUGUCAGAUAUCACGGUGAAUUUGAAGUCCUUUCAGUCUGAGCCUGCGGUGGAAGAACGCGAACAGCCCUUGCUGUGUUUGAGAAUCCGCUGCAAGGGGCUGAUGCUACUGGCAAACUUCCCCUUACCAACAGACCUCAGUUCUCCCCUGGUGGAAAUCAGAGAAGUGAGAGAAGAGUUCAGCCUCAGUGACACAUUUGGUCUUUGGCUAAGAUUGUCAACAAGAAGCCGGCAGAAAGAGAGUGGGAAGGUUUCACUGAUUUCCUCCAAGGAAUCCAUGGGCAGUGAAGGCCUGAAGGUUGGGAUUAUUGGUGGAGGCCACAUUGGGAAGCAGCUGGCCAGGGCACUAUUGGAGCUGAGUGGCAUUUCGUCUCAGAAUAUCCACAUCUCCACCAGGAGGCCAGAGACUUUGUCAGAGUUUCAGCAGCUGGGAGUCGAAUGUUUUUAUGACAAUGGCCAGCUUGUGGCCUGGGCAGACAUUGUGUUUCUUUGUUGCCUCCCAUCUCAUCUACAACAAAUCUGCUCAGGAAUUCAUUCUGCACUGCGGGAACCCUGCAUUGUGUACAGCCUGGUCACUGCUGUCCCACUGCCCAGGUUGAAGCAACUCCUUUCCUACAGUGCCAUCCUGAGGCCACAAUACCAGUGCACUAGCAGAAACUUAAGGAACAUGUGGGGGACAAAUGGAACAAUCAGAGCUGCACUCCAAGACCCUAUUGUUAUACAGGCUACCUGUCCUUUUGGUCCCAAAGAGAGAAUUGCUGUGACCGGCAAGUGGUUGGAGGCCAUUUUCUAUGCAGCCCUGAACAGCUGUAUGUGGCGGUGCCUGCCCCACCAGCACACACUGAAGUUACUGAAUGACGUAUGUUUCCCCGAGCACUGCCCCAUCUGUGCAGAGCAGAAGACCUCCUGCCCACGGUUUGUGUGUGGGAACUUUGUCAACCAAACUUUUGUCUCCUCCCUGACUCAAGAGGACACCUUCCCCUGGUUUGACCUGACAACUGUACAAAUGAAGGAGUCUCCCUUCAGUCAGCUUUUAACAAGGAGUGUGCUUCUCCAGAACCAUCUUACUUUGUUGUACUGUACCUCCUUUGGAGUUUUGUUAUCAAAGAGUGGAGGGAGCCAGCAGAAUUUCUUCUCUUCCUGCUGCAGCAGAUCCUCAUAUGGUGCUGGUCAUGAGUCAAUGUCCACCCACAACUGCUAUUGA